AUGGAAGCAUUAUACUCAGUAGCUCCACCAGCUUCAACAGCACCUCUAGUAGUUGGACUGCUAGUCGGAUUAGCGUUGCUAUAUCAGACCUGGACUCGUUCCUUUCUCCAAACAUACUUCAAAUAUCCUCCUAGGUCAACCAAGCUCCCUUCACCCGAGCCAUCUCUAGAGCACGAAGAAACCAUCGCAGUUAGCAAAGAGCCCGAUUACCCUGCCGAUUGGUGGACAGGCUCGAGCACAUAUGAACUCGAACGUCGCGCAAUUUUCAGUAAACACUGGCUCUGCCUCUCGCACCGCAGUCAAUUCUCCAAACCAGGCGACUACCGCACCUUCACUGUCGCCGGAUAUCCCAUCUUCCUGAUUCUAGGCAAGGACGGCGCGCUCCGGGCCUUCCACAACGUGUGCCGCCAUCGCGCAUACCCAGUCACUCGGAAGGACAGCGGCUCGUCCACCGUUCUCGGCUGUCGGUAUCACGGCUGGACCUACAACAGUCUCGGGCAGCUCAUCAAGGCGCCGCACUUUGACGGGGUGGCGGGGUUCGAUCGCGCACAGAAUGCCCUGUUCGCUGUGCAUACUUUUACAAGCCGGGCGGGAUUCGUGUUUGUAAACUUGGAUGCCAGCCUGACGGUUCCGCCGCCGGAGGUAGAGUUGCUUGAUGCUUUUGUGGGGUCUCGUGAGGUUGCGCUGCAGUCGAGGUGGGAGGGUGGGCAGACGGUUGAGGGUCAGGUCAAUUGGAAGCUGAUGAAAAUUGCCGAGUCUUUGAUCGACAACGAGGGUACAAGGAGCGUGGGAUCCCAGCGAAGGUUUGGUUCUUGGUUGUUGAACAGGCUUGGGGUUUUACAAGAGGGCUCCGCAAGCUUGAAAGUCUUCCCGAUCACGGCAGUCAAGACAAUUGAGAGAACGGGGUAUUGGUACACGCUGACCUGCAUCCCGGUGUCUGCGCAAAAGACCUCUUUCCGACUUGAUUUGUAUAGCAGCAGCAGCAGCACGAGAUUCUCUGAAGCUGAGACUAUAGCGCAAGAGACGACUAAUCAGCUGCGGAAAACGAUCGCUGAGCUGGAAACGGCAUAUCGCUCGUAUCUCGAGGAUACUAGGUAUAACUCGACUACUCCUAUCACGGUAAAAACAGGAUGUGCGAUAAUCAUAUCUGACGACAUUCUGAUAGGCAUGCAAGAAGCUGUCCUUGAUGCACUGAAGGCCCAUUUGAAGUUGGAAAGGCAACAAGGAGCCGAAGUAUUCCCCGCCAUGAGGAAGCCCAGGGAGAAUGCAAGGUUUGAGCAGGCGGAAAAACUUUGCAAGGAGCUGGAUUGUGUAGAUCAAGGCCCGGAUAUGUCCUGGUGA